AUGGCCAAGAUGCCACCAACUAUGCGAUCCCUCGUUGCGCCCAAGAGGUGUUCUCCCUCUGAGUUUGAGAUCAUGGAGAGACCUACGCCCAAGAUUACGAAGCCUGAACAGGUUCUCUUGCGUAUGCGCGCUGCUGCCAUCAGUACCGGCGACACCCAGUUCGCGUCUGGGAUGCUACGUAUCCUGUAUUCGGUGGAAUAUCCUUAUACCCUUUCUCAAGAGGGCGCCGGCGUGGUCGUUGCCGUCGGUUCUGCAGUCAAGAACCUGAAGGUCGGCGACGAAGUCUACGGCUUCGACAUGGAGAAGCCUAUGUUUUCUAGGCCACAACCCGGAUUUGCCUCUGAAUAUGCCCUAUCCGAGGAGCGAUUUCUUCACAUAAAGCCUGAGCACGUGUCGUUUGAGGAGGCUGUGACUUUCCCAGGCCCCGUCGUCACCGCGCUCCAGGUCAUCAGACGCGGACUAGAGCUUCAGGGCAAAGACAGUCUGGCUGGGCAGACUGUCUACAUCCCCGCCGGUCUCGGUUCAUCUGGCUCUGCCGCGAUUCAGGUAGCACGCAAUAUGUUCGGAGCCGACAAGAUCAUCUCAACAGUGUCGACGUCCAAGAUGCCGCUGGUGGAGCAAUACCUGCCUGGCAUGGUCAACCAGCUCUAUGACUACAAGACGCAAGACGUCGUCUCCCUCGUCGGCCGCGGCACAGUCGACUUUGCAUUCAACACUCAGUUUGCAACCUGGAACGAGACCGCGGCGCUUCUCAAGCCCAAGACGGGGAUAUUCAUGAGCAUCGCCAGCAUCCCCCCCAGCAAAACCAUGCGUCCCAUGCUCGGACCGGAACACCUGCCCUCUUGGCUUUGCUGGUUGCUCGACCUCGCGCAGCUGCCGUACUGGUGGAAGCUCCGCGGGACAAGCAUUAAGCACGAGUUUGUAUCCGGAAGCCCGAACAUAAGAGAGGACAUGGAGGUGGUUGCGGAUCUGGUGGCCAAGGGCAAGGUUAGGGGAGUGUAUACUGCCGUUGAGCUAGGGGAUAUUGAAGAGGUGAGGAAGGCUUGUGAGAAGGUUGCUGCUGGGAAGGGGGGGCUUGGGAAAUUGGUGAUUAAGAUUUCGGCGGAGGAGGAUGAUUAG